AGCUCAAAGGAUCCGCCCACCUCAGCCUCCCAGAAUGCUAGGAUUACAGGCAUGAGCCACCGCGCCCCUAUAGCUUUAGGAUUUUUAUAAUCUCUCCAAGUACAUAGUAAAAUACCGUGUUGAUAUUGAUGUGAUGAUCUGUUCUUUCAUCUGCUGCUUUUUUUUUUAUUUUUAAUUUUUUUUUCUGUUUAUUUGAACAUCUGGGUGCAGAUGGGUGGAGGCUGAAAAAGGUAUCCACCUUGCUGCUUUCUAUAUUAUUAUGUUCAUAGUAGAUCUUGAAUCUCCCCAGUAGCUUCCUUUCUAUUUUACAUCUCAGGCUUACAUUAGUGGUAAUACUACUGCUAAUAUUAGCUACCAUUUAUUGAGACCUACUCUGUUCCAGAUAUUUUUUCUGACUCUUUAGGUAAGUUAUUUCAUAUAUAACUCUACUUUCUGCUUCAUUUUUUCUGCAAAACUAAAACUGCUCUUAAAUAAUAAAGUCCACUAAUUUAAAAAACACAACAAACAUACAUCAUUAACAGAGUGGAAACAGAUAUUUGGUAUUUAUACAUAACAAAGAGUUCAUGUGCAGAAUGUGAAAAGAACUUCAGUCUUCAAUAAAAUACACUACACAAGGGGCCCAAAGCUAACUCCUGGAGCCAGGUGAUUCUUAAUCACCUGAUGGGUGAUUUCAAUAUUAUGGAGCGGCUCAGAUUUCCUCAGAGGAGGGGUAGGGGAGGGAAAGGAAUGAAAAGCCAGAAACCACAAAGUGACAACCUACACCAAUCCUGAGUUACCAGUGAUCCCAGAGAGAAUCAAACCUCCUGAUUCCUGGGCGGGCACUGGAAGUAGACUUAGGCUCCAGGGGAGCCUUUUACUCUCACUGUUGUGGGCUCCUAGGUUGACCCAGCAGUAGGGUUUUCCCUUUUGUGCUGCCAGGGCUAAUCUCCAGGAAGUACCGGCCAUCCUCAGAACACUGGGUGAGCGGUUUGGGCUUCUCCCCAGCCAAUCUGAAGAAGCCUCCUCUACAUCGUCCAGUUGGGCAGAGGUGGGGCAUCAGUCUUCACCCCAAGGUGUGCAUACAGUGCUUGAUAACGAGCUUCAGGGACGAUUUAUCCCUCUAUUCAGUUUAGAUUUGCCACUGUUAUUUUUGUCUUUAUAGUAUUAAAUAAACUAGACUUAGAUUUUGCCUAGUAAUUCUUUCAUAUCACAGCAUGUCAAUAGUUGAAGUGGGUGAGGGAACCCAGAUGUCUCAACUGAUGUAGAGGUGCUUAAUGUUCCCUGAACGAACACUAUGACCACUUCAUGAUUUUUUAGUGUUUUGCUGCCCUGGAUAAAUAGUAUUAUUUCCCUAGAUACCACAAAGGUUUUAUUGUAAAAAUACUACGCUCAUGUGUAUGUUAUCAUAGAAAGUUUCCCAAGACGUGACAAGAUUCAGUUUCCCUUCCCUUGCUAAGGAUCAUGAAACCUCCUUUUCCCCUACUGGAGUGUCCCAAGACCCCCUGGCUCACCAAAGGAAUUAUGAAGGGGUAUUAGGUUAUGUGUAUAUAUAAAAGAAAACCUCGGGGAACAGGGUAUGGUGGCCUUCCAGGCUCUGCUGAUGUGCUUUUCUCUUCUUCCUUCCUGUAAUGUAGUUGUAUAAACUACAAAGUCUUUAAAAUCUUUUUUCCCUAGCUUUGAGAUAUAAUUGACAAAUAAAAUUGUAUAAAUUUAAGGCAUACAGUGUGAUGAUUUGACAUAUGUAUAUACUGUAAAGUGGCUACCACAGUCAAGUAAGUUACACUUAUUUUUUGUGGAUGCUGCUAUUUCUUUCUGUAUUCUUUUGAUCCUUCUCCUUUGUGGUCCUUCAGCACUUCUGCUUCUUGAGGUCAUUAUCAUCAUAUACCGUGAAUAUCCUGGUGGUACAGUGGCUUUCAGGCUUUGAACAAGGGCCCACCAAAUCUGUUAGUGCACACACUAUGCAAAGAAUUUAGUGGGAUGAGUGGGGAAAUGAUAUUGGUUUUCGUUACCUAAAUGAGGGGUACGCUAGGUAAAUUAAGUUUUAAAAUGACUACUCAAUGACAUGACUUGUUUUAUUUAUCUGCUCACCCAUUGGUGAGGGAGGGAGUCCCACCCUAAGAUUCUGAGGAUGGCCAAACACUUGACACUGGCAUUUAACAGAUGCGACUGAUAAUAGUUUAUUAGUCACUUAUAUAAUACUUACAGCCCAGGGGAGGAGGACAGCACGGGGCCACUCAGGAGCGUAGUAAACAAGCAGGGGCCAUGGGAUGCCAGCUUUCUAGUAACAAGAGAGUGAGGUGACACCUGGUUUCCCCAGAAGGCUGUGACUGGCUUGUUUGAAUAAUCUUGUGGGUGAUGAAACCCAUGAGGUCGAGGACCAGGUGCAGUGCAGCUGGUCCAGUUGAUGGGGAAUGAGGGUGGUACUAGCCCAGCAGGGAAUCUUUGAGGCUCAAAGAUAUCAAAGCAGCACAUGGCAUUUUAAACCAAACCUGCUCACUUUAACUUAGAGAAAAAGUAUAGUUUUUCAGAAACAUUUAUAAUAUAUAUCUUUGUUCACAACUCUCUUAAUUCAUAUGUCCUUUUUGUUUGUUUGUUUAAAUCUCAGUGGUACACAUCUCUCCUUCAGUUCCUCUUUAGGGGGAAAAGAUCUCAGAAAUAUCCUUGAGCAUCCAGCACUCCAGUUGCACUUGCUCAAGUAUUGGUGGUGGAACUGAAGAGACAUCAGGAUUGGAAAACAUUUGAGACCUAAUCAACUGUGAGUCAAAGCUAAAUUCCUCACGAGAGUAAAAAAUGUUCUGGCUUCUUUUUGUGUAUUUCCAACAUUCAAGUGCUGAGUUUGAAGGCAGACACCAAAGACAACACCAGCCAGUAACCAGGACUUCUGAGUAUGUUUGAAUGUCAGUAGAGGGAAAGCAGAGCACAGUAAACGUGAAAAUUUUUUUAGUUCCAUUAAGAAAGGCCCUAGAUUCUCCUGCUGGACAUCCCAUCAUCGAAGUUGGAGCACUAGAGGCGAAGAGAGACUGAUAUGUGUUCAUAGGAGAUGCAGCUUGUCCUCGUUUCUCCCGCUUCACAUCCAUCUUUUCCCAAUUGCCGACUCUGUUGACUUCAGGCUCCAGCACCACAUAGAACAGCCUCACAGACUGUUUAACCAGCUCUCACAACUGUGUAAGGCCAAAUCCCUAUAAUAAAUCCCUUAUGUGCAUAUCUCCUAGUGGUUCUGGUUCUCUGAUUAAACCCUGACUGCUUGGAUCCACAAUCAUUUUUUAUCUGUUGUCAUCAAGCACUCCAACACAUUUCCGAUUAAGAUACUCUGCUGACUUUGCAGGAGGAGAGAAUCUGAGACACUUUUUAAAUUUUUCAGCAAUCCCGGAGCUGGGUUUAGAGUAGUCUUCGCUGCACAGUUGCCGCUCCUAGACCUUUGGUUUCCGAGGCUGGAAUUUAAAACAGAGCGGAACCGCCACCUCAGGGUUUCUGAGAGACGCCGCGCCACUUGGCUGACGCAGGUCGCGGCCGCGCGCUCGCUCGGGGGCGUGAUCCCCGGGAGACACCGGAAGCGGGGCGCGCGCCUGAGCUGCGGGUUCCGGGAGGUACCGUUCUGCAGGCUGCGCUCUACGCGCUGAGCUCUGCGCGCUCCCUCACUCCAGGUGAGCGGCCCUGCGCGGUACCUCACGCCUGGGUCUCGGGUUCGGUCCUCAGAGCCGAGGAGUGGGGAGACCCCUACGAGGCUCCGGAUAUGCUGGGCUGCAUCGGGGAGCUAGUACCCUCCCUAGUUCAGGCUGGGGAACGCCUGGAGUCCGGAGAGGCACCGGGCCACACGAACCUGAGCAGGCGUCUGACCGUAAGCCUCCGGGAAGGCCCGGCUGCGAGGCCCCCGAAACGGGACCCUGUCUCUGGAUGAUACCAUUCUUGGGGACCGUGCUUUCGACGAUUGGACAAAACCUGGGGCUGCGGGUUCUGUGUGAAUCUGAGAUUUCGCUCCCCGUUUUGCCAAAUUAACAUGAAAGAAGAGUUCCCUCAGAAGGCUUCAGUUGAAACUCCAGCAGAAACUGGGCAAGAUGGAUACAGACAGAAGAAAGGCUGCUGGCCAGCUGUAUGCCUCCUGGGGUCAGCAGGGGCCUGUGAUUGUGAAAGUGAAGUUGGAAGAGGAUCAUCCGAGGAAUCAGGGUUUCAACCUUCCUGAGAACCAGCCCCCUGCCUGGGAGAUCUUCAGGCAGCAGUUCAGACACUUCUGCUACCAAGAUUCCCGAGGACCCCGUCUUGCUCUAAGUCAGCUCCAGGACCUCUGCCAUCAGUGGCUCAGGCCAGAGACAAAUACCAAGGAGCAAAUCCUAGAGCUGGUAGUGCUGGAGCAGUUCCUGUCCAUCCUGCCGGAGGAGCUCCAGGCCUGGAUCCAGCAGCAUAAUCCAGAGUGUGGGGAGGAGGCAGUAACCUUGCUGGAGGACCUGGAAAGAAAGAAAAAUGUUUCAGCCUGUGCUCUGGAACAGAAAGUCCUUAUGCAGACAGUGACCGUUCAGACACCAGAUGAAGAAUCUUUAUGUACCUCGGUGCAGGCACCAGAGAUCCAGUUCAAGGGACCUGAGCCCCAGCUGGCAGAGGAAAGAGAUGGUCGUAUGAAGACUGAGAAUGUGAUGUUAGGCACAAAGCAGGAACUUUGUGAAGAAACAGAACCACACAGAGAGGGGUCUGAUGGACCUAAUGAAACUAUGUCUCAGCACACAAAAUACAGAAGAGACAGUGAGUCUAAUGGUAGUUUGGAAAUGCAGGAUGGGGAUGCGACAGAUGAAAAAAUAUAUAAAUGUGAUAAGUGUGGGAAAACCUUCACCUGGAUAAGAGGCCUUCAUAUGCAUAGGAUUCACACUGGGGAAAAACCGUACCCAUGUACAGAAUGUGGAAAGGCCUUCAUUAGACGUUCAGAAGUUACCCAGCAUCAGGGGCUUCAUAGCAAGGAAAAGCCCUAUAGUUGUGCAGAGUGUGGCAAAGUCUUCAGUCAAAAGGCAGGCCUCUUCCAACAUCUUAAAAUCCACACUGGAGAAAAGCCCCAUCAAUGUAGUAAAUGUGGCACAUGUUUUAGUCAGAGAUCGGUUCUUAUGACGAAUCAAAGUCUACACACUGGAGAGAAACCUUUUGAAUGUAUGGACUGUGGGAAAGCUUUCCGCCAUAGUUUCCACCUCAUCAAACAUCAGCAAUUCCACAACAAAGAGAAACCUUAUGGAUGUAGUGAAUGUGGGAAAGCCUUCAGGCAGCGUUCACACCUUAUUGAACAUUGGCGAAUUCACGGUGAAGAAAAACUCUAUGAAUGUAAAACGUGUGGAAAAACCUUCACUCAGUAUGCAGGACUUAAUCAACAUCAGACAAUCCAUAAUGGAAAGAAACUUUUUGAAUGUCCUGUUUGUGGGCAAACCUUUAGCCAGAGCUCAGAACUCAUAAUACAUCACAGAAUCCACUCUGGGGAAAAACCCUAUGAAUGUGCUGAGGGUGGAAAAACCUUUAGUGUGAUCUCAACCCUGAUCAUACAUCAGAGAAGUCACACUGGGGAGAAGCCCUAUAAAUGUGAUGAAAGUGGUGAAGCCUUCAGUCAAUGCUCAGGCCUUAAUAAGCACAAGUUAGGAGGCAAGCAUGGAAACCCUCCUGAGCCAAGAAAAUAUAAAUGUGAUGAAUGUGGAAAGAACUUUACUCGGUCAACUGGUCUGAGGAACCACAAAAGAAUCCACACUGGGGAUAAGACAUACCAAUGUCCUGAGUGCGGGAAAGCCUUCACCAGGGGAGAGCAUCUUAUAGAACACCAGGGGAUUCACAACAAGGUGAAGCUCUAUCAGUGUAAAGUGUGUGGCAAAGCCUUCAGUCAAAAGACAGGUCUUAGUCACCAUCUCAGAAUCCACACAGGAGAGAAGCCUUUUGAGUGUUCUGAAUGUGGGCGAGCUUUCUGCUGGAAGUCAGAUCUCAACAAACAUUUGAGAGUCCACUCUGAGGAAAAACCCUACAAAUGUGAAGGGUGUGGGAAGGCCUAUAGGCAGAGAGCAACGCUAAUCCAACAUCAGAAAAGCCACAGUGUGCUAAGCCCUGGAAGUGGGGUGAACAGGGUGAAGCCUGCAGUGGAGGCUCAGCCCUAAUGAAACACCAGAAAAUCCACUACUACUGGACACCUUGCCCAGGUGUUUGGUGACAACUUCAAGUAGAACCUAAGAUUUUUGUUUUUUUACUGAGAUAAAAUAUUUCUUGAACAUCAUUAUUUAAAGAACAUCAUAGAUGCCACAUUGAAGAGUUUUUAUAAAGAUUAUAAACACUGGAAAAAUUCGGAAUAUAGGAAAAUAAGCAUGAACAAGGAAUUUACCUUUAUUAUUAAAUGCAAUGAAGUAUCAGUACAAUAAGAAAAAAUACAAGAGUAGCUGUUAAAAAAUUAUAUUUUUUCUACUGAACUCAUGGGCUUUUUGCUUUUAUUUUGUUUCCAAACCACUUUAAUUUCUAACUAUCUUUAGCAUAACCUAGUGUUGAAAUUACUUCUCUGACUACCAGUGGAGAAUACUAAAAUGUCUAAGAGCUUGGAAUGUACAUGGUGAAUUGUCUCUGUUUCUUUCCCACUUUGGCUACCUGACCAACCCUUUGGCCAGAAGAGAUACAUACAGUGGGUGGGCUGCAGCUCCUUCCUGAUCCCUACUUUAUAAUUUGCAUUUCCCAGUGAAUAAGGGAUAUGCAAUAUUCCAAGUAGUAUGGAGAAUAAAGAAAUUUUGGGCCCUAGUAUCUCAAAAUCUAGUGGGGUCAUUGUGUCUAAAGCCCAGGGGAUAUAUUUCUCAUUGUGAACACAUUUUCCAAUGGAGAUGGACAAACUGGAAGAGGGAAAAACCAAGCCUUUCAUCCCAACAUUUUCACCCUCCUGCAAAUUGUUUACACAACUAAAACUUACUUAGUUCAGCUACAGCACUACCUGUGUUCCUCAUUGGUUGAUGAUGUGAGGGACUUUGCUGAAGCUGAUAACAGUUUUCAAACACUGGAAGACUUUCAUUGUUUUGUGUGUGCUAUUCAUGAGGUAACAGCUGUAGACAUGACAUACUUUUGAAUUUAAUCUGUAUUAACAUUUUGUCUAACACUUCCUUAAUCUAGACAGCCAACAAAAGAAUAAACCAAGCCUUAAUUUGAAGCACUUGCCAAUUUCUGUGGCAUAAGUAUUAAUACUCAUACCAUGGCUGAUUACCUAUAUGAAGGUAUCAUGGAGGUGAUACCUCCAUGGAGGUAGAAGAGAUGUGCAGUAACGUGAUUAUAUAUUAUUUCUACCAUGUAGAUACAACAGACACAACCUUAAGAGCAGAGAAAAUGGCAAAACGUAGUAAAUUAGGAACUGAUGAGUUCUGAGUAUUUAUUACCUUUUAAUAAUUUAAUUGUAAGUUUUAAUGGCAGUGUUUUUAAAUAUCUUGCAAAAUUCCUGAAAAUUUAAUGACUGAAAUUUUGUGAGUCCCAUUGGUCAGGCUCCAGUACAGGAGUAGACUGAUUUAUGUUUUUGCCUGUAUUUAUGUGUUCCUUUUUAUUGCUGAAUAGUAUUCCAUUGUGUGGAUAAAGUACAAUAUGUUCUUCACUACUAUCAUUUUGUCAUUUCAAUAAUAUUAUAUAAAUCAUAAAUCAUUUAGUAUGUAACCUUUUAUGAUUGGCUUUUUCAUUCAUUAUAAUUUGUUAGAAAUUCAUCCAGAUUGUUGGGUAUAUCAAUAGUUCCUUCUUAUUGUAGACUAGUAUUUCACAGUAUAGGUGUACUAAAGUUUGUUGAAUCAUUCAUUAUCAUUGAAGGACAUCUGGAUUGUUUCCAGUUUUUGGCUAUUAUGAAUAAAGAUGCUAUGAAUAUUUGUGUAUAUGUAUUUGUGUGAGUGUAAGUUCUCAUUUCUCUGCAAUAAAUAACCAGAAGUGCA